AUGUCCAAUGGCAGCUCCAUGAGUGAGUUCUUCCUCUUGGCAUUUGCAGACACACGGGACCUGCAGCUCUUGCACUUCUGGCUCUUCCUGGGCAUCUACCUGGCUGCCCUCCUGGCCAAUGGCCUCAUCAUCACUGCCGUAGCCUGUGACCACUGCCUCCACACCCCCAUGUACUUCUUCCUCCUCAACCUCGCCCUCCUCGACCUCGGUUACAUCUCCACCACUGUCCCCAAAUCCAUGGCCAACUCGCUCUGGGACACCAGGGCCAUCUCCUACCAAGGGUGUGCUUCUCAGGUUUUUUUCUUUUUUAUUCUGAUGUCAGCAGAGUUUUAUCUUCUCACCAUCAUGGCCUAUGACCGCUACGUUGCCAUCUGCCAACCCCUGCACUACGGGACCCUCCUGGGCAGCAGAGCUUGUGUCCACAUGGCAGCAGCUGCCUGGGGCUGUGGGUUUCUCACUGCUGUGCUGCACACUGCCAACACAUUUUCACUACCAUUCUGCAAGGGCAAUGCUGUGGACCAGUUCUUCUGUGAAGUUCCCCAGAUCCUCAAGCUCUCCUGCUCAGAUGCCUACCUCAGGGAGGCUGGGCUUAUUGUGGUUAGUGUCUGUGUGGCAUUUGGGUGUUUUGGUUUUAUUCUGCUGUCUUACGUGCAGCUCUUCAGGGUCGUGCUGAGGAUCCCCUCUGAGCAGGGACGGCACAAAGCCUUUUCCAUGUGCCUCCCUCACCUGGCCGUGGUCUCCAUGUAUGUCAGUACGGGCAUGUUUACCUACCUGAAGCCCCACUCCAUCUCGUCCCCACACCAGGACCUGGUGGUGGCAGUUCUGUACUCAGUGGUGCCUCCAGCACUGAACCCCCUCAUCUACAGCGUGAGGAACCAGGAGCUCAAGGAUGCAGUUCAGAAACUUAGGACCAGAAGUUUUUUUAGUAGCAAUAUACUGCCCAUCUUCUUCUGCAUAUCACUCAUAACGUAA